CAGCGUCCAGCCCCAUGCAUCUAAACGGUCAUAUAUAGCCGCGCCGGCCGCGCGGACCGGCAGGUAGAAAGAUCACAACUUGCAGCUCACAAGCGAUCGAAAGAAAGCAGAGCAACUAGCGGGGGAAGACUAGAGAUCAUGGCGGGGCUGCAGCGAUCGAGCGAGACGUUCCGGCGGUCGGGUUCGUCGGGGAUGGUGUGGGAGGACAAGAACAUGUCGGCGUCGGGCAAGGAGACCAUGGCUCCCGCCGCGCGGACGCAGCGGAGCGGCUCCGGCGGGCACGGCGGCGGGUACAAGGCCGGCAACGUCCAGCCCGCGCUCGACCCGCCCUCCCCGCGCGUCGCCGCCUGCGGCUUCUGCGGCAUCUUCAGCAAGGACAGCAAGGAGGCGCCCCAGCCCCGGCACCGCGCCGGCGGCAAGGGGAAGCGCCGGUGAGCCAGGAGCCCAGGACUACUAGCCCUAGCAGGCCGCGCGGCGUGGCGCGCGGGCUAUGUAUGUAAGCGUACACCAGCCGACUUGUGCUGGUCUUUUGUUACUGUAGUUUAAUUUGUUAGAGCUAGCGCAUGCAUGAUCAGAAUGCAGGCUGGAAAUUUUGUGUACGCACGCGCUGAGCUUAUUAUGAACUUCCGUCACAUUGUGCAGUGAUAUGCAAUCCUC